AUGCGGCCGCUGACUGAAGAGGAGACCCGAGUAAUGUUUGAGAAGAUAGCAAAAUACAUCGGGGAGAAUCUUCAGCUGCUGGUCGACAGGCCCGACGGCACCUACUGUUUCAGGCUGCACAACGACCGGGUGUACUACGUGAGUGAGAAGAUUUUGAAGUUGGCCGCCAAUAUCUCCGGUGACAAGCUGGUGUCGUUGGGGACGUGCUUCGGAAAAUUCACCAAGACCCAUAAGUUUCGGUUGCACAUCACGGCUCUGGAUUACCUAGCACCCUAUGCCAAGUAUAAAGUGUGGAUAAAACCUGGCGCAGAGCAGUCCUUCCUGUAUGGGAACCAUGUGCUGAAAUCUGGACUUGGGCGAAUCACUGAAAACACUUCUCAGUACCAGGGAGUCGUGGUGUACUCCAUGGCAGAUGUCCCUCUGGGUUUUGGGGUGGCAGCAAAGUCCACACAAGACUGCAGGAAAGUAGACCCCAUGGCGAUUGUGGUAUUUCAUCAAGCAGACAUUGGGGAAUAUGUGCGGCACGAAGAGACAUUGACUUAA